CGAAUCCUCGCACGCAUGUCGUAGAUACACAGCAACGGAACCUGCCGGUUUUCGCGGAUGCCCACGAGCAGUAUCAACCCCAUGCUCCCGCCCGCACCACCAAGAGCUGUACCCACCGCCUGUAUUGGUGAGACUCUCCCUCCUCCCUGUAUCACCGCGACCACGGUUCCGCCUCCUGUCACCAUCAGUACACAAGGACAAGCUCAGCUGAGCUGUGGGCGCAGGACUGUCGGAGCGACUCCGAGCUCUUUAUGUAUGGACUUUGAAGCCCCGAUAACGUACCCCGUAAACGUCCCUUCCGAAGGCGAAGAAAGCUCGAGCAUCUCGUACAUGCAACGCGGGCAGGGCUGCACCUAUGUACUUGGGUUCUUCCCAACUGAGGCGGACGCAGAUGCGACUCGAUCUGUUCAAAAGUCAUGGCAUGAUAUAAAUAUGGAGUUCGAAUGGGGCAAUUGGCGAACUAGGGAGGGCUUGCAGCAGUCCCACUUCUUACUAGCCCUCACAGGCCGUUGAAGGAUUUCCCGAGCUCGCCUAGUCGCAGAUCAAAUCAUCGAUACCAGCUUUUCUCCGCUGGGCGAAGAUGGAAUUGAUAAUAAUGCGCCGAUAACGACAUUUCGGAGGUGAAUCGCUUCAUAAAGCUCUCUUUCUAUGGAGUGUACACGGUAGAUUCCGUUUACGGAGGCAAAUAGGCAAUUUGGAUUUGAAAUCCGUUCCUUCUUAUCAUGAAUAUCUAUUUUAUGGUGGAC